AUGAAUUAAGCUCUUGUCAUUAUAAGAAAUGAAACUAAUGAAAGCUCCAAGAAUUGUGCAGAGAUUCUCUUUAGUAAUAGAAAAAACAAAUAAUUGAUAAAAUUGAGUUGUACAAUAAAAGGCUACUCCAACACUUCAGCAAUCAUCUCGUCCAAGCCUUCAAAGCUAAAAUAUUCACACUAUAUAAAGGAGUCCUAGAUUAAGGAAGUCUACAAUAGAGUCAAGAAUUUAAUUUAAUAGUUAGAUGAGCAGGGAACAAAAUUAGAAACCAAAAGCAAUUGCUAAAUAAAAACUAUAAGAAGCAUUUACUUACUAAAUACUAAUUAAUUAAUCUAGUCGGCAAAAUAAGAAGCAUACAAACAAAUUUUGAAAUUAAGUAGUUAUUCAGUAUAUAGUUAUUAGAAUUUCUAUUGCUUGUUGUAACUCAAAAUUUAAAUUAAAACUUGAUGAAUUAUUUGCUCAAUCAAUUUAGAUUUAGUUUAAAAUUGAAGAGUAACUACAGUCAAAUAAUCAGUCAACAAAUGUUUAGGAUAUAGCACCUAUCAAUUACAGUCCAUUACUUUCCUAAAUCAGUUAAAUUUAAUAGACUAAGAAACAAUCUGAAUUCACAGUCACUAUGGAGGAUUAUCUAUUACCAAGUGUUUAACAUAAAGUGCUCCAUUAAUUUAAAUACAGUAAUGAAUAAAAUUUAAUCAAUCAUGAUAACCAGAAAAUUAACUUAGAAAUUUCUCCAAUUCCAGUAUUUCAUUAAUCAGUAAUUACUAAAACUGGCUAGUUAUAUCUUUUUGGAGGAACCACAAUUGAUAAUAACUAUCCUAACAAUAAAUCUAAUGGAAUAUACUUUUUUGAUAAAAACUCCUUAGUGAAUGUUGGCAAUUUAUUGAUAAGUCGAUCAUCUCAUGGUUGUUGUAGCAUAGGAGAUUAUAUCUAUUCAAUAUCUGGACUGGAACAAGGUCAAACUCUGGAAAAGAAUUGUGAGAGAUAUAAUUAUAUUUUAAGGAGAAGCUAGAAAAUUCAGGAUUGCCUAUUUCCUUCUAUUCUUGUUGUUGUGUAAAUUUCAAUAAUCAAUUUAUAUAUAAAUUUGGAGAUUUUUAUGAAAAAUAGCAGAUGAAUUUUAUUGAGAGAUUUAAUAUCAAAGAUUAGGUAUGGCUGGCAAUUGAUCCUAAAAUAGCAACCAAAGAGUAAGUAGAGUUUGUAUAAUUGUAGAAUACCUUAAUUUACAGGCCUCAAAUAGUUUGCAGCUGGAAUUUAAAUAUCUCCCAAUAC